AUGAAAAUUCAGGAUAUUAAAAACAAUAUUAAAGAAGCUAUAGAGACAAUAGUGACAGCAAUGGGCAAUUUGGCACCUCCAGUGGAACUAGCCAAUCCAGAGAACCAGUUUCGAAUCGACUACAUCUUAAAUUUAGCAAACCAGAUAGACUUCGAUUUCCCUCCGGAGUUUUAUGAACACACAAAAACCCUUUGGCAGGAUGAAGGUGUGAAAGCCUGCUACGAGAGAUCCAACGAGUACCAGCUGAUUGACUGUGCACAGUAUUUUCUAGACAAGAUUGACAUAGUCAAACAGAACGAGUACACCCCAUCUGACCAGGAUCUUCUCAGAUGCAGAGUUUUGACAUCAGGAAUUUUUGAAACCAAGUUUCAAGUGGAUAAAGUAAAUUUUCAUAUGUUUGAUGUUGGAGGGCAACGAGAUGAACGCCGAAAAUGGAUCCAGUGUUUUAAUGAUGUGACUGCUAUCAUAUUUGUGGUGGCGAGCAGUAGCUACAACAUGGUGAUACGAGAGGACAAUCAGACCAAUCGGCUGCAGGAAGCACUAAACCUCUUCAAGAGCAUCUGGAACAACAGGUGGCUACGGACCAUUUCAGUAAUCCUUUUCCUGAAUAAACAAGAUUUGCUAGCAGAGAAAGUUUUGGCAGGGAAAUCUAAAAUUGAAGACUACUUUCCAGAAUUUGCUCGCUACACUACACCAGAUGAUGCAACACCAGAGCCUGGUGAGGAUCCCAGAGUUACAAGGGCCAAGUAUUUUAUUAGAGACGAGUUUCUUAGAAUCAGCACAGCAAGUGGAGAUGGAAGGCACUACUGCUACCCUCACUUCACGUGUGCCGUGGACACAGAGAACAUCCGGAGGGUUUUCAAUGACUGUCGGGACAUUAUUCAGCGCAUGCACCUUCGCCAAUACGAGUUGUUGUGAUGGAGAGCACUUUUUUCUGUGUUUUGGACUCCUUAUUCCUUAUUAAAAAAAAGAAAAAAAACACCCUUGCCCACAUAGGGUGGAAGAGAACUGUUUGAAUCUCCCAUUGAUUUGCACCCCUCAACUUUUUCUCCUUGCUGGACAAUAGCAGCACUUCUAAGCUUGCUUCUGUACCCCUCGGACAGUUUGAGAUGGCCCCUAACACUUAAAAGGCCAUUUCCAUGAGGAUUCCCUAACACUGUUAUUAACAAAAAAGAGAGAGAAAAAAAAACCAAACCAAACAAAAAAAAAGAAAUAAAACCUAAUUAAUUAAAAGUCCUGAAUGUGGAACACCUGAAAGAAUUGGGGAUGAAAAAAUUAAAACGUUGAAACAAAAAAUUGGGGGAGAGAAAACUUUAGGUAAUUUAGCACUGCUGUGGGCAUAAUCCUAUAAGCCGUGAUCUCCACUUUGUAUCACUCACUGCAUCCGAGUAACGAAGGUGCCAAGUCACAGACCAAGUUUGAAGACAGACCCUUGAGUUUGGUUCUCUGACUGUAAUGUGGCUUUGGGCGGAAAUACUGACAAUUCUCCAGCAGACCUAGACAGUGCAAAAACCAACUGCUACCUUUCAGAAGGGUAUUUUUAAAACCAGUCUUGGUGGUCUAAAGACAACCAUGGACAUUUAUGAAUUGAACUGCGUAUGGCCUGUGAUUGCAGAAAGAGUUAACCACACACUGUUUUCAGUUUGUCCACUGAUGAUCCCGUCUGCUCUAAAAAUCAUUAUCUAGACUGUAGUCCUCACAGUCUUUCCCUUCUUUUUCUUCUUCCCUUCCCUCAUUUUUUAUUUUACUGCUGGAUUAUUAUUCUUGUACAGACUGUAAAAUGUAUUAUUUUGUACAACUUUAUUGAAAAUAACUUGUAGAAGAUCUUUGUGCCUUGAUUAUGGCUGUACCUGUACAAUGAGCUAAGAUGUAAGUAUGUUUGAUUGCGCUGUACAGCUUUGUCAACCCUAUCUGCAGCAUUAGCUCAAGGUAGGGAAAAUUUAUCUGUAGUUUAGUUUUUCUGGUUUAUAAAAGAAGGAAAAAUACUGUUUAGUAAAAAAAAAAAAAGGAAAAA